AUGUUUAAGAGUCUAUUAUUUAUAAUAGAAAACCAUGAUUUGGAUCUGCCAGAACAGAUAGGCAAAGCUAUCAAAUUAACAGAAGAAACAAAGUCGGGACUUCAAAUAAAAGACGAUAUCAUUGUAUUGGACAGAGAAAAUGAAGAAGACGCAUAUAAUAAAUUAUGCGCGUCAUUAUCAAAAGGAGUAUCAAUAAUCAUAGAUCUAUCUUGGUCGCCCUGGGAAAUGAUUAUGAAUUUAGGUCUACCAAUAAUAAGAACACUAUUAGAUUCGCAACAGCUUGUGACUGCAAUAGAUAAAUAUUUGGAAUCAAGGAAUGCUUCAGAUGCAGCUAUAUUGGUUGAAAGUGAGAGUGAUGUCGAUAGAACGUUAUACACCCUUCUCGGUAACUCAAACAUACGUGUGUGGGUGCACGCUGGCCUAACUAGAGAUUCUGCCAAAUCUCUAAGCAAAAUGCGACCUGAACCAAGCUUCUAUGUUAUCCUGGGAGACCAUAGCUUCGUUACUACUACAUAUAAACGAGCUGUCAAGGAAAGAUUAGUAAAGAGAGAUUAUCGUUGGAAUCUCGUUGUAACCGACUAUGAAACACUGGACCCGGCGCAGUUAAUUCUACCCACUGUUCUUCUUCAGCUAGAUUCAACUGAAUGCUGCAAGUUACUUGGUAUGAGCGAGUGUACUUGUUCUGAAAAUAUGCAGAGAAAACAACAAAUUUUGAACAAUCUAAUCAAAUACGUAACAGAAACACUAAUUAAAAUGGAUAUUGAAGAAGCACCAAAAAUCCUAUGUGACGAUCCACAAAGUGAAAAUGGCACAAGAGACCAGUUAUAUAAGAUGUUGCAAGACGAAAAUCUAAAUAAUGAAAGCUUAUUCUACUGGAAUAGUGAUAAAUACAUUCUCAACCUCAGAUCACGGUAUAUCCUAUCAACCUACAAGCAAGACAAAGGUCUCCAAAAGAUAGCUGAUUGGUCAGCCACGGAGGAGUACAAGUUACUGCCGGGAGUUGAGUUGGAACCUUUGAGGAAUUUCUUCAGGAUAGGAACGUAUCCUGCAGUACCUUGGACGUUACAAAAGCUAGACCCAGAAACCGGACAACCCAUGUUCACAGAAGAUGGUGAACCAAUGUAUUAUGGCUAUUGCAUUGACUUGAUUGAUAAAAUUGCGGAGGCAAUGGGUUUUGACUAUGAGAUAGUUACCCCAAAAGUGGGAGACUUUGGCAAGCGCCUCGCUAAUGGUACCUGGGACGGUGUUGUCGGAGAUCUUAUGACUGGGGAAACAGAUAUGUCAAUAGCAGCGUUAACGAUGACGGCGGAAAGAGAGGAAGUUAUAGACUUUGUGGCUCCAUACUUCGAUCAAACCGGGAUUCUUAUUGUAAUCCGGAAACCGAUCCGCAAGACAUCCCUCUUCAAGUUCAUGACAGUACUCCGCACGGAGGUGUGGCUGAGCAUCGUAGCGGCGCUGCUGCUGACCGGCUUCAUGAUCUGGUUGCUAGAGAAGUACUCGCCGUAUUCAGCUAGGAAUAACCCGGACGCAUAUCCUUAUCCUUGCAGAGAGUUCACACUAAAAGAGAGUUUCUGGUUCGCGCUAACAUCGUUCACGCCGCAAGGGGGCGGGGAAGCGCCAAAAGCGCUGUCCGGUCGAACGUUGGUCGCAGCGUAUUGGCUAUUCGUCGUUUUAAUGUUGGCAACAUUUACCGCCAAUUUGGCGGCGUUUUUGACAGUUGAAAGGAUGCAGACUCCUGUGUCAUCACUAGAACAGCUAGCGAGACAGUCCCGUAUAAACUAUACCGUAGUAGAAGGGUCUACAGUACACCAAUAUUUUAUCAAUAUGAAGUUUGCUGAAGACACUUUGUACAGAGUAUGGAAGGAGAUAACUCUAAACGCGACAUCUGACCAAGCCCAAUACCGAGUAUGGGACUAUCCCAUCAGAGAGCAAUAUGGACACAUACUACUGGCAAUCAAUGCUUCAGGACCAGUUCCAGACGCUUUAACAGGAUUCCAGCAAGUGAACGAACAUACAGAAGCAGAUUUUGCGUUCAUACACGAUUCCGCUGAAGUCAAAUACGAAAUAACCCGUAACUGCAACCUAACCGAGGUUGGCGAGGUAUUCGCUGAGCAGCCCUAUGCGAUAGCCGUCCAGCAGGGCUCCAGGUUACAGGAGGACCUGUCCAGAACUCUGCUGGACUUGCAGAAGGAAAGGUUCCUGGAGCAACUGGCUUCUAAGUAUUGGAAUGAAACGGCUCGUCAAUCAUGCCCUGAUGCAGACGAAUCCGAAGGAAUAACAUUAGAAAGUUUGGGCGGCGUAUUCAUAGCAACCCUAUUUGGCCUAGGCCUAGCAAUGCUAACACUAGCCUGGGAGGUCUUUUACUACAAGCGUAAGGAAAAAAACAAAAUCCAAGCUUUAGACGCUAAUUUGGAAAAAGAAGCUUUUCCCGACACUAAAACUUUGCCGAAGAAAAUAAAAGAGAGCGUCGGUAAAUUAAGAAAAAGAAAGAAAACUGUCAAAACUGUGACAAUCGGUGACAGUUUUAAGCCGGCUAAGGGUGUGUCGUAUAUAAAUGUGUAUCCACGAAAUACGGAUUAUAGACCAUAAGUCUAUAGAUUUAGAGUUCAUUUUGUAGUGUGAGUUAUGUAGCAUUUUCGAAUAUUAGUGUGUACACAAUAAUAUGCAUUAUAGACCUUACCUGUAUAGAUUUAGAAUUCAUAUUGUAUUCUAGACUGCAUUAUAAAUUAUG